AUGGAUCACUUGAAAUUGCUGUGCAUAUUCAUAUUAUUGGCGUACCCCUCAGUGCUCUAUGGCCAGAAAACUGUUUUAGAUAGUCCUGAAAAUAUUCAAUUCCUGAGGAAUGUUAAAGAAUUCUUUGUGAAUGUAUUUGGUAAAACUGGAACACCAGGUAAUCCGGUAUUCAAAGAAGCGGUGAAGAUGCAGCAUGUCCAGAAACAAGUGUCCAACGAGACUUCAUUCCCGUGCGAUGUAUCUGGUGGUAGAUCGGAAUAUGUACCAACUUCUGUACACAAAUUAAGGCCAGGUGACAUUGACAUAAUUGGAGCGAUGGGGGAUUCUCUGACUGCAGGAUUUGGGAUUUUCGCAACCAAUCUCUUUAAUAUUUUCAUAGAGAAUCGAGGUGUUUCUGCCAUUGGCGGAGGACAAGGAACGUGGCGAGAUUUCAUAACGUUACCCAACAUUCUCAAGGAAUAUAAUCCAAAUUUAUAUGGAUAUUCAACUGAAGAUUCAUUUACUCAUCAACCAGAAUCACAUUUCAAUGUCGGGGAAAACCUGGCCAUGUCUAGAGACCUCCCGUACAUGGCUAAUAAUCUUGUCCAAAGAAUGAAGAGUGAUCCUCGGGUUGAUGUUGAAAAACAUUGGAAGAUGAUAACUAUCUUCAUGGGAGCGAAUGACAUCUGCUCUGAUAUAUGUUGGACACAUCCUCCCUCGAAAGCUUUUGUAAACCACAAGAAUGAUCUCAUCGAAACGCUUCGAAUAUUAAGAGACAACUUGCCCAGGACCAUAAUAUCGCUUUUGCCCUUGCCAAAUCUCAUGAAUGUCCUUGAGUGGAAGGGCAGACCUGCGAUAUGUAAUCUUUUUGUCCAGAUAGGCUGUUCAUGUUUAGUUGGAUCUCCAUAUCGGAAGCAGCGGGCAGAAUUUGAACAGAUCCUUAUAAAAUGGCAACAGUUGGAUAAAGAGAUACCAUCUUAUCCUGAAUUUCAGAAAGAAGAUUUCAGUGUUGUAGCUCAAACAUUUAUGCUUCAGACGAAUCUACCAACAGUGAUCCCCGACGGGGAUGUGGAUUUACGUUAUCUAUCAGCCGAUUGUUUUCACUUCAGUCAGCGUCUGAAUGCUAGAGUUGCACUCGGACUAUGGGCCAAUUUGUUCGAAGCUUCGAAGGAGAAAUCAACAGCAUCGUUCGAUGAAUCGUUCUUUCCUUGUCCGAGGAAAGAAAACCCAUACAUUGCAACCCCAGGAAAUAGUUGAUAUUUUGCAUCAAAAGUUUCAAUAAAUUUUAUGUUUAUUGCAUUCUG